AUGCCUCAUAUGAAAUGGCCACCUCAGAUACAGGAGAUUCAGGUCUUCGGUGAGGUUAAAGACGUUUCCGGUCUUCGCUAUCCUCGUGACAUCGGACGACCUGUUUAUCUUGGCGGCGAAACAUACUACCUCUUCGGUGAUACAUUCUGUCACGAUUCAUCUAACAAUUUUGUCGGAGUCUCCAACAAUACCGUUGCCUAUGUACCAGAUCCCAAGAAUCAUCCAUUGAUAUGUAAAUAUAUGCAUGAUGAUGCACAUCAACCAUCAUUCAUUCCUCAUACACCCAGUGAAGAAGAAUAUGAGAAGGAUCCAAAGAACAAGGAGAAGAUUAACAGAGUUGUGAAUUGGGCCUUUGGAGGAAUUAUUGAAGAUACUCCAGGGUCGAGGGAUGGAUGGAUAUUCUACGAGAAGAUGUUGACACAUGGGUCCACAACUGGCAAGAGAUUUGGUCAAGGUGUUGCACGUGUCCAAGUUCAACACGACAAGUCUCUGAAAGUGAAUCGAUUGAUGGGUGAUAUCAUGUUGUUCGGAGAAAACGAACCGCACUUCGGCAUAACAACACAUUUAGUAGGAGAGGACGGCUACAUUUAUCUUCUAGGAGCAAAAGAUGCACCUUCCCCAACCCUUGAUCUCAAGAACCACUGGGCACGAAUUCGAUCAGGCUCCGAUUUCACCUUGCGAGAAAAUUACGAAUUUCUCAUUCAUAAUUUGGAUGGCAAGAGCCAAGUAUGGAAUCGCUCUUAUUCAUUUCAUCAACUAGUCAAUGUCAUUCCAGUCCAGGCCCAAGGUGCCAUCAUCAAAGUUCCUGAGCUGGGACCAAAAGGCCGACCAUAUCUUUGGUUUGGUAACAAUAAGUUUCCAGCUAAUAAGAUCUAUAUUGCAUGUGCUUCACAACUAGGAGGACCAUGGGAAGAAUGGGAGGGGCCUGAGAUUCCAACAUUCGGAGGUGGUGGAUUAAGAUAUACUUUGUAUCCACACGAGAGAAAUUGCCAACCAGGAAAGGGGGAGAUGAGAAUUAGUUGGAGUGACGAUAAAGAAAUGGGCGGGAUGGUUAUACAAGCUAUGUUGCGAUUUUCUAUGGAAGGAGAGGAGGAUACGGGUAUUGAUAUACCACAGUCUAAUAGUAGUGGCUGGAAGGAUAAGGCGAAGGGUCUCUGGAAUUCACUUAUAUAG